UCUUGUCGUCUUUUAUUGGGAACUGCCACCACGCCGACUGUGCUGGUUGAGCGGCCACUGCCUCUGCUGCCUCCUCCGCCAGAGAGAAGACAGAGUCGAGGUUGAUAUCGGACCCCUCAAAGCUUCUUCUCGUUUCUACUGCUGAGUGAAAUCGAAAAGCUUAACGGAGACGAAUCCAAAAGCAGCCUAAGCUAUUACCCUGUUUUACGAACAUGAAGGUCAAAGUUAUUUCCCGUUCCACGGACGAAUUCACCCGAGAGCGCAGCCAGGAUCUCCAGAGGGUUUUUCAUAACUUUGACCCUAACCUGCGAACUCAAGAAAAGGCUGUCGAAUAUGUCCGUGCUCUUAAUGCUGCCAAAAUGGAAAAGAUAUUCGCGAGACCUUUUAUUGGUGCAAUGGAUGGACACAUUGAUGCAAUCUCAUGUAUGGCAAAGAAUCCAAAUCACUUGAAAGGGAUGUUUUCAGGUUCAAUGGAUGGAGAUAUUCGUCUUUGGGAUAUAUCUUCCAGGCGAACAGUUUGUCAGUUCCCUGGUCAUCAAGGUGCUGUGCGUGGUUUAAGUGUAUCUACGGAUGGGUGCACUCUUGUAUCAUGUGGAAUGGAUUGCACUGUUAGACUCUGGAAUGUUCCUGCCGCAAGUAGUAUGGAGUCCGACAACUCAUAUGAUAAUCCUGCCAAGCCACUGGCAGUUUAUGUUUGGAAGAAUGCUUUCUGGGCAGUUGAUCACCAGUGGGAAGGUGAUCUCUUUGCUACAGCUGGUGCCCAAGUUGAUAUUUGGGAUCGUAAUAGGUCGCAACCGAUCAACAGUUUUGAAUGGGGAAACGACACUGUCAUAUCUGUUCGAUUUAAUCCUGGAGAACCAAAUGUUAUGGCUACAUCAGCUAGUGACCGCAGCAUAACACUAUAUGAUUUGCGUAUGUCAUCCCCAGCAAGAAAGCUUAUCAUGAGGACCAAAACCAAUUCUAUCUCUUGGAAUCCAAUGGAGCCAAUGAACUUUACCGCUGCGAAUGAAGAUUGCAACUGCUAUAGCUAUGAUGCUAGAAAACUGAAUGAAGCGAAGUGUGUACACAAAGAUCAUGUUUCUGCUGUGAUGGAUAUUGAUUACUCGCCCACUGGUAGGGAAUUUGUAACUGGGUCUUAUGAUAGAACAGUAAGAAUCUUCCAAUAUAAUGGUGGCCAUAGCCGGGAGAUAUACCAUACCAAAAGAAUGCAAAGGGUAUUCUGCGUGAAGUUUAGCAGUGAUGCAACUUAUGUUAUUUCGGGAAGUGAUGACACCAAUCUUCGUCUAUGGAAAUCAAAAGCAUCAGAACAGUUGGGAGUGCUUCUUCCAAGGGAACGUAAGAAGCAAGAGUACCUUGAAGCUGUCAAGAAUCGCUACAAGCACCUACCUGAGGUUAAGCGCAUUGUGAGGCAUAGGCACUUGCCAAAACCCAUAUAUAAGGCUGCUGCUCUAAGGAAAACAAUGACUGAAGCUGAGAAGAGAAAGGAGGAGAGGAGGAGAGCUCACAGUGCCCCAGGAAGUAUGCCCAUGGAGCCAUUACGGAAAAGAAGAAUCAUCCAGGAGGUUGAGUGAAUUCUUU